AUGGACACGGACGAGCAGAAGAAGCGAGGCUGCUGCGACAGCUUUCUGCGCUUCAUCUCCCUCACCCUGCUUUUCAUCUCCACAGUCUUCUUCAUGCUGCUCGGUGCUGCGACGAUCGCGAGCGGUGCACUGGGCACGACACAGGUCGAGCAUCUUUACCUGAACGACGACCCCACGAUCGUGUAUGUCAUUAUUAUGGUGUCUGGCAUCGUCAUUGUGCUCCUAUCGCUGUUUGGCUUCCUCGCCCUUUGCAAGCCGAGGAAAUGCUGCACCCUCGCAUUCUACAUCUGGCUGCCGCUCCUUUUUUGCGUCGCCUUCAUCUUCUCCACCGCCGUCCUCUUUCGAUGGGUGAACGCGUACAAGCUGGCUGAGGAGCAAGACUUUGUCGACAUCGAGGCGUGGCAGCUGAAUGCGGCAACGGCGCUGCGCGACGCCAUCCGGCAGACGUGGUACUUGUGCGACGCGUCCGUUGUGGACGCCGGCACGCUGGUCCCGGUCUACGAGCUGACGUGCGCGAAUGUCGCCUACAGCAAACUCGCGGAGCGAGUCACGGCGGGGUGCAUCUCCGACAUCGAACCGAAUCUCUUUUUCAGCCUCGGUUCCUUCCCUCAGUGCUACAAUGAUGACUCCUGGUGGCCUGCCGAGGACCCCGACGCAAGCUCGAACGAGGAGAAGCUCAACACGCCCAAAGGUACCUUCUGCGCGUGCAAAAAGCAAGUCGGCGAGUUUGUCGACGACUACUUCGGCCACCGAGCCAGCGGCGUUCGGGGUGGCGUCGCUUUGUAUUAA